AUGGACUCAUCACCCCAGCAGCCGUCCUCUCCGGAAACCUCAAAAUCUCCUGAACAGCCACCUUCAGAGUCAACCUCGUCCUUCAUGGCUUCGCCGACAGCUUCUUCUCCGCAGUCACCCUCUAGGGCGCCGUCGCUGGGCUCGCCAGGAAACAGCACGACUCCCACAAUGAACCCCUCCUCCGCCCCGCUGGGUCCUGUCAACGCAGCCAGAAGACCAGGCCCGCUGCCUUCGCGUGCGAGCGGGUUAAAUUCUGAUAUCCAGGCCAAGAUGAAGGCAUUCUCCCUAUCUCGGCAGGGUGCACCCCUCGCAAAAGCACAAGCAGGGGGUUUUACAGGCCAACAGCCUGGUGCUUUCGCAGGCGGCGCUUUGACAGGAGCUCCACCAUCUUCUCCCAACUCUUCUGCUGCCAACCUCCGACUACCCCCUGGCAUGCAACGACCGAAUGCACCAAGUUUCGGUUCCUCACCCUCGCCAAUCACCGGCAGUCCUCGAAUGAUGGGCGCAAAGCCUCCUGUUGGCGGGCUGGCUGCAAAACGAGGUUUGAAGCCAGGUGGUAUGAAAUUGUCAGAUGCGCACAAGCCUGCCCCAGCUGGAACGCAGGAGGACAAGACAGACACCGGCUCCCAGUUCAACAAGUUCUCGAACAUCAUCGAUACGAAAAAAGGCACUCUGAAUUUCCACAACAAAGCGGUCAUCCACGGAAGUGGGAUUGAUUUUGCCGACAGCAGUACCUUUUCAAUUUCUCUAGACGAGGUCGACACCCUUUCAGAGCUGGGCAAGGGCAACUAUGGGACCGUUUUCAAAGUUAGGCACGCUCGGCCAAAGAUGAGGCGCCCGGGUUUGGGUUUGCGAGGCAAUAUGGUUCGGCAAUCAUCAGCCUCGGUCCCCAAAGUUGAUGAAGAGAUAGACACACAAUCGGACACAAAAGGGACAAGCGGGCUUGUCAUGGCCAUGAAAGAAAUCCGCCUCGAGCUCGAGGACUCGAAGUUUGCUGCCAUCAUCAUGGAGUUGGACAUUUUACACCGAUGUGUAUCACCUUUCAUUAUCGAUUUUUACGGCGCAUUUUUCCAAGAAGGUUCGGUUUAUAUCUGCAUAGAAUACAUGGACGGCGGCUCUGUGGACAAGUUAUACGGUGAUGGGGUUCCGGAAGGAGUCCUCAAGAAAAUCACCUUGUCGACGGUUAUGGGGCUCAAAUGCCUGAAGGACGAACACAAUAUCAUCCAUCGAGAUGUCAAACCGACGAAUAUACUGGUAAACACGCGUGGUCAAGUCAAGAUUUGCGAUUUUGGUGUCAGUGGCAAUCUGGUGGCUUCAAUAGCUAAAACAAACAUCGGGUGCCAGAGCUACAUGGCGCCGGAACGCAUAUCAGGAGGAGGUAUGGCUCAAGUCGGCGCCGGCGGAGGCACCUAUAGCGUUCAGUCCGAUAUCUGGUCUCUCGGUCUCACCAUCAUCGAAUGCGCACUCGGCCGAUACCCUUAUCCCCCAGAAACCUACGACAACAUAUUCAGCCAGCUCAGUGCCAUUGUGGACGGGGAACCACCAGAUCUUCCCGCUGAUCAGUUCUCCGAAGCGGCCAUUGAUUUUGUACGGGGUUGCCUGAACAAAAUUCCCAGACUCAGACCAACUUACGCUAUGCUGCUCCGACAUGCUUGGCUCGCACCACUUCUGAAGCCACCCACAAUUUCUGAAGACGAGGAAGGCGAGCAAGCAGCCGAGGCCGGCAUCGAAUCCGCCUUCUCAAAUGAUACGACCCCAGACACUGCGGACAAGGAAGUCGCAGACUGGGUAAAGAGUGCAUUGGAGAAGAAGAAGGCCGGCAAGUUGGCGUCGCACAAGAAGCCCGCGCUACACGAAGCGCCGCUGGAUGCAGUCCCAGGUAGCCCUCUGGUCGCUCCUGACGGGAUUAUGCCACUGGGCGGGGACGCCAUGGCGCCUGAUGUCAAGGCAAACGUUGGAGUGAAGGUGGAUUCACGGGAUUUGUUGGCGGCAAGGGUAGAGGGUAUAGAUUUUGCUUCAUGA